CAAAUGGUGCACUAUGGUUUGUAUCAAAUUGCAAUGCCCGUGAACGUUUAGAUUUAUAUUAUAAUUUACGUAAAGAAGUUAAUACAUCAGUAGAAGGUUAUGGUCGCUGUGUGGAUUAUUAUCCUAUGCAUUUUUGUUCUGCUGGCAGUCAAUGCGAAAAAGAUUAUAUGUCAAAAUUUAAAUAUUAUUUAAGUUUUGAAUCUAUGACAUGUCGAGAUUAUAUAACAGAAAAAUUUUAUAAAGCAUUUUAUCAUGGUCUUAUUCCAAUUGUGUAUGGACCUGGUAGAAAAGAUUAUGAACAUUUUGCACCACCGAAUUCAUUUAUACAUAUAAAUGAUUUUAAUAAAGAUAUGAAUAAAUUAGCAAAUUAUUUACAAGAAAUUCAUUCGAAUUUUACUUUAUAUUCAAUGUAUCAUCAAUGGAGAAAAACACAUGAUAUUGUUAUUGAUGGAAAAGCUGUCGAAAGAAUUCGUAUGUGUGAAUUAUGUGAACGUUUAACUAAAGUACGUCAUGGAGAUAUCACUUAUUAUAAUGAUAUUGAUUUAUUUUAUCAUGAAAAAUGUUGA